AUGGGCGUGCUGGACCUGCUUCCCCAUUGCGUCAGUGGUGUGUACAUGCUAUAUCAUUCCGACUUUGCCGAAUGGCAGUUUGGCAAAUUGAGUGCCCUCCGUGAAGCCGCACUCGCGCUUGAGGGCGGCUACGAGUACUACUACAUGGGCUACUAUAUCCACACGUGCACCAAGAUGAAGUACAAAGGCGACUACAAGCCACAACACGUUCUCGACCCAGAGUCGUAUGAGUGGCACCCAUUAGAUGGUGAACUGCGUAGCCUGCUCGACAAGAAAAAGUACGUGUCCUUGGCGAGGGAGCGGCGGAGACAAAAGGAACAAGAGUCUGGGGCAGACCAGACGGAAGGCGCAGACACUGCAGAACAAGACGACUAUUCAGACUAUCCCUUACUCUCGCCUACCGAGGCUGCAGACGCGUGGAUGAGCGGUAUGUCGCUUUUCGAUCUCAAGAUGCCAGGGGUGAUGACGGCCGAAGAGAUUGAAGAGAAGAUUGAUCUGGCUACAAUGCCGUUUCGCGCGGGUAACAGACUGGUAGAGCUUCAGGAUCUUGUAUCAUGGGACAGUAGUGAUUUGCGGGAUCCUCAUUCGAUUCGAGGCAUGGUUGGUGAGAUGGUGGCUUGCCGACCGAUCAAAAACCUUCCCGAGACGAUUACCGUCAGCGCCGAUGCCUCAACCGCUCAGAUCUUUGAGGAAAUUGCAAAAGCCUCGCGCUUCUCGAUCCACCGCCUACGCGUCACAAAGGGCAGCGAUGGGUCCCCAAUACCAAACACCAAGGAUGUCAAGGUGUACGACACCGGCUUGAGGAACAAGAGCGCCGUCGAUGUCAAGGACUUGGGACCACAGAUAUCAUGGCGAACCGUCUUCAUCGUCGAAUACCUCGGACCCCUCCUCAUCCAUCCGCUCAUCUACUUUGGCCGCCCUCUGAUCUACGGCACCUCUGCGCCCCCGUCGCAGCUCCAGACACUCACCCUGGCCAUGUGCGUCUUCCACUUUGCUAAGCGCGAGUUUGAGACGCUUUUUGUGCACCGCUUCUCGUCGGCUACCAUGCCCGCCAUGAACAUUGUGAAGAACAGCGGCCACUACUGGCUCCUUUCUGGCUUGAACCUGGCUUACUGGAGCUAUGGUCCAAACAGCCCCGCGGCAGGACGCCCAAAUCCUAUUCUCACAUACCUGGGCGUCGCCUUGUUUGCCAUUGGCGAGGUGUGCAACUACAGUACACACGUCACGCUGAAGAACCUGCGUCGUCCCGGCAGCACCGAACGCGGUAUCCCUCAGGGCUUGGGCUUCAACUUGGUAACAUGCCCCAACUACAUGUUUGAGUCGAUGGCGUGGCUCGGCGUGGCCCUGAUCAAUCGUAGCCUUUCCACGCUGCUCUUCAUUGUCAUUGCUGUUGGGCAGAUGGGUGUGUGGGCAUGGAAGAAGGAGAAGAGGUAUCGCAAGGAAUUUGGCGACAAGUACAAGCGCAAGAGGUACGCCAUUCUGCCGGGCAUCUGGUAA